AUGGCGUCCGCAUCCCCUGAUUUUCCCGGCCCAGUGGUAUAUGCGACAGUCCUGGAAAAUAAUCGAACAACCUCGACGCUUGAGAAUAUAUCCUACUCGGGAGCCAGAGUAAUUAUUCGAAAUCUGUCGAGGAAAAUGGCGGAUUGUUGGAUGUUGGAUGGAACGUCAGAACACUUAUGGGAUUUCAAGUUAUCCACACCUUUUCUAAAUAUCGUGUGGAUAUCGCAUGUUUGUCGAAGGAAAGUGCAAGGUUCUGCAAUAUCUCGAUCAGUAAUUUGUAUACCCCAACUUUAUCUGCAGUUAACUAAGGAUAAAUUCUAUACGGAACUUCACUUGCUUGCUGCCGAAAAUGCCAUGGUAAUUAUCGGGGAAGACUGGAAUGCGAGCGUAGGUCAUGAUGCCGUGACUCGAUAA